GCUUAAAAUACUGAUCGUCGUUAUCAGGAGAGGCGAUGCAACUUGUGCACAUCCCACCGAACUGAUGAAAAAGAGAAGGAACUCGUUCGAGCUUGCAUCCUCUUUCAGGGGAUUUCUGCUCGUUUUUUAUUUUUAGGGGAUGUUGUAGAAGCUACACUUUCCUUUCUUAAAUGAAACCAAGUCUGGAUUUAUCGUCAUAAUAAGGCCAUAGAGCCAGUGCUGUAAUUUCUAUGGCAAACUAUUGUCGUUGAAAUAAUCCCGUCAUUAUUCAGUAGUUUUGAAGUACAGUUUAAAGAGGAUCGGUUAAAGAUCAUUUUUAUGGUUUUAGGUGCCAUAUAAGCGGAUAUACACCAGUGGAGUUAAAAAAGAAAAUAAUAAUAAAUAUUUUAGACACCGUUGGGUCCUCUUGUACAAUAAAUGUAGUAUCUGUGUUUCUAUUUGAAAGUUUCUCAACACAAUCUCAACUACUUUGUAUUUUAUUUUGUCGCAAAAUGUAACGAUUUUUAUAUAAAGUUGAGUAUACUCACAAUACAUGGGCCUACUUUAUAGCAACUGCUUGAUUGCUUGUAUCGUCGCAACAUGUAACUAUAUUAUUGCCCGGUUCUAAUCAGUCCUGAAGAAGUUAAGAUAUUACAAACAUUAACAUCGUGAUUUCCUGCAAAGCAGCUUUGAAACAAUGUCUCUCGUGAAAAGGGUUAGCCUAUAUUUGACUAGACUUGACGAAUAACCGAGGUCACUGAAUUAGAGUUGUAAUUCUCUGUAAAGUCUGAUGCAAAAAAGUUUGCUUAAGAUUGUAUUACAAAUUUGGUCAGCCCUGUGUCAUGUGUAAUGACUUACUAUAGUCUGGUCUGUAUUACACAGGCAGCAGUGUUUAUAAAAAGGAAGUAAGGAAACGCUUUGUUUACCUUUGGGAGCACCUGAAUUUGGUUCAGGAACUUGACCAUAUAUGACUGUUGGCAUUCAAAAUGCAAAAUAUUUGUUUAUUUAAUCAUUCUACAUAAUUUGAAUAAGAUACAGAAGUGCAACUCAAUUUUUGGUAGUUGUUAGGUGCUUGCUGAUUGGUCAAAACCUUUCCUGACCAAGAUUUGACUCUGGGUUUUUGGGAUUUUGUUGCUCAUAUCUGUGGCAAUUAUGAAUCUGAUUCUUUAGGACACAUUUGAUGCACAAUUUGUGUAGCAAGGAGUUACACAUAAAAGUUUAGUACUUAAGAAUAGGGUUUGUUCAAAUCCUUAACCUUAAUAUGAGCGAUACCAAUAGUGAUACUGACUGUCACUCUCAAUCACGAAACUACGAAGCUUCACACAGAAUACAUCUGUUUUGGUAGUCUUCGGUUUCAUGAAUGAACUUAGAAGCCUACAAGCUACAAGAUAUUUCAAGGAGUCAACAUAGCUGUUGCAAGCUUGCCAGACUAGCCGCCUCGACUACGUCAUUUCAUGUUAAAGGAGGUGGAAAGUCCCUGUCAGUGAAUUCAAAUUCGGAGAACUUCGGCCAAUCAGUUUGUCCAUACAGCCACCAAAAGGAAGUGACUUCGUGACACAGAAAAAGAGAAUGCCAGUGUGGGCCCUGAGAGGAAAUGACUUGCACUGUGCAUGAGUCUGAGAUCAUCAGUCGUGCCUGAACCCUCAACUAACUCGAACUUCCGACUGUACGCCGCGCAUCAACCAGAGAACAUGGUGACAGACACCAGCCAGAACCAAUGGCUCUUUCAGUGAAACAAAAGCGCUCCUUUGCUCAUCUGCAACAGGCGCAUGCGAAGAUGUGCAUCCAGGAGUUCUGUAAAAAAAAUAUGGCUGCUACGCCGGUCUCCUGGCCCAUUCCCAUGAGGGCUAUCGGAGCUCAGAAUCUGCUCACCAUGCCAGGAGGGGUCUCCACAUCUGGAUAUCUGCACAAGAAAGGGGGCAGCCAGUUCAGUCUGAUGAAAUGGCCUCUUCGCUUCAUCAUAAUCCACAAAGGCUGCGUCUACUAUUUCAAGAGCAGUACUUCUGCCGCACCUCAAGGAGCGUUUUCACUCAAUGGCUACAACAGAGUCUUACGUGCAGCAGAGGAAACAACAUCCAGCAACGUUUUUCCUUUUAAGAUCGUCCACUUCAGCAAGAGACACCGUACGUGGUAUUUCUCAGCGGCGAGUGAGGAUGAGAGAAAGAAAUGGAUGCGGAUCUUAAGAAAAGAGAUCAACUAUUAUAAUGAUAAAAGGGAUCUGCCUCUUCCAAGUGAUGAUUUAGAUUCGGAGAGUUUAUACGGUCAGUUAGAGGAGCCGCUGGAGAUCAGUCCUUCAGAAGAAGAUCCUGAAGCAGAUUAUAUGAUGCAUGAUGAAGACAGCGAUGGAGACGAUGGAUCGCCAGUGCCAGCAGGUCAACCCACGGUUCCUCCUCCACCGUAUCCUCCGCCCCCUGUUCCUGUUCAGCCGAGAGAAAACCGUCUCACAAAAGGACCGCUGCCUCCGCUCCCCCCUCCGUUCAAAAAGCCGUCCUGUACAGCCAAAGGCCCUCCUCCGCCGCUGCCGUACGCCCCGCACCUAGAGAAACCCGACGUACACCUGUCAAACAGACCCCCCGCUGGCCCCAUGCCUCCUUUACCCCCUCCAAACAGCAUGAAGCCCAUGUCAGGCCCGUUCUCCACAAUGCCUGCUUAUGAACGGAAGACGAAUGCCUCUCUGAUCGGGAAUACGGCGUCUACUUUACCCAUCGUUGAGAACCUUCAGAAAGUGAUUCUGAACUCGUCGAAACAGCACCUGGGGGAGAAGCCCACCCCUGGCCCGCGGCCCGUCUCGCCUCACCCGUCCAGCUCCGUCAGCAACAGGCCGCACGGCCAGAUACACAAGCCCCCGAUACCAACCAAACCCAAACCCAGCAGACCCUCGCUCCAAGCAUCCCCGGAUGGACAGAGUUUUCGUUCUUCUGUUGAAGAAAACCCUUUAAAAAAACGAGUGCCCGGCAAAACUGAAGAAGACUCAGAAGAUGAGGACUAUGAAAAUGUGAAUUUGCCUCCCUCUGUUUUCGUGGACACAAUGGAAACCUUUAAUGUCGAAAGAUUAUUUAAGGACACAUACACCUGUCCACCGAACGGUCUGUACUGCAUCCGCAAAUCAGGAACAGGAAAAACGUCACAGGUGCUGGUUGUCUGGGACAUGGAUUUAAAUAAAGCCAGAAAUUAUCGAAUCUUUGAGGAGGAGCAGCGGCUGUAUCUGGAGGCAGAUCUGACUUUCCCGUCUUUAUCUGUCCUGGUUGAACACUAUCACAUCAACCCACUGCCCAGCAGUAACAACUCAAUGCCCAACUAUUCCCUCUGUUUACAUACACCCUUCGGCUACGUCCCACCCAGGUGACAUCGAGCCCCUGUCCCGUGCUGAAACACCCCAACACCUGGUGCUGGUGCUGGGCCUGACAGCGCCACCUGCUGGUGAACACCUCCAUCACAUCUGAGCACUGGGAAUAUCAAUGAAUAAUAAAUCAGUGCUAAUGAACUGCUCAUUUAAGUCCAGCGUUCAGAAGGGAGUCUUAAAAUCACAGUGACAAAUAUCCAGUGAACUGAACAGUAUUGAACUGCAGGUCUAAAGUACACAUGCUAUACUGAAUAUGUUAAUAUAUUGUAGCUUGACUGAUUGACAUGUCAUGUGAUUAAUCGCUGUUUGUUUUGUUUAUUGGUGUGUUUAUCUGCGAUAUCUAGUUCAACUGCUGUUAAGUGUUUUGAUUUGACGCCACUAACCUUGAAACUAUAGCUAACCCAGAGAUUAUUUGAUGCUAAAAGAUGCUCGCUGUGUGGAACAUGGCCGGAUCAUAUUUCAAUCCAAAAUUAAAAGAUAACAAUUAGAAAUUGUUCAUGGCUAAAGGAAAAUUGUGUUUAUUUUUAGGACCAUUAGGAUUUGUGUUACUGUCUCCCUAUUGCAUCAUGACAAAAUUAUGUAAUGCAUUAUUGUAAUAUUAUUUAAAUAUCAUUUAAAUAGGGAAAUAUUGGGGAGUAUUUUGCUGUCUUUUAUUCAAGCUGAUUGUGAAAAUAAAUAGUAAAAUAGUAAUAAUAAUAAACAAUAAUAAAAAGCAAUAAAAGAACAAUACUGGUAUUAGGAAAACCCAUUAAAAUUAUUAUAGAUUUUUAUUUUAUUUAUUUUUUUGUAAGAAUUCAAUAACAAAUCUACAAAUACGCUUAAUUUUUAUGCAACAUAUUUUUGGGUUGAUUUGUAUGUUCAGCCAGCUGUAUGAAAGUUUGUUGUUAAAUAUUUAUGUCCCAAUAUUCAUGUUUGUGAUGUCAUCAUCGUUGUUAUGAAGUGCUGCACAUGACGGAUCUGAACCACAUGUCAUUGUAAAAAGCCUGAAUGUUAUUGUAAUAUUUCAGUUAUAUGUAUUAUUUUACUGUACAGAUUUUGUAUCAUAGUGUACAUUAUGUAAGUCAUUUAAUAACUGGAUAUUAUGAUGUUUGUACACUUUACACUGUUGUGAGGUGAAUUAUACACACUUUUAAACUAAAUACACAUUUAAAAAAUAAAUCAAAUAAUUAAGAAUUGGAAAA